UCUGUUUAUUUUGUCGAAACUCUCCCUGGUGUUGUAGACAAGAACCUUCUUCGUUAGUUUAUUAUAGUUUAACGGAUUUAUAACCAGCUUAAUAAAUCCUUCACGAAACGAGCACGCUCGUAAAAACAGAAUGCAUCGCUUUGAAGAAAUGAAAAUGGGGUUGUUUAGGAAGGAACAAUAGUUACAUUACACUUAGCUUAACGGCCCGUAACGAAAGCUUGAAAACUAACUUGAUCCCUCUUGAAAAUUUACCUUGUCAAUUACACGUCUUAUUGUUGUUUAGGUGAUUGUUCUUCAUUCCUGAUCGGGGGAAAUCAUUGCAGAUGACGAUUGCCAUAAAAUUGUAAAAAACGGCUGGAAUAUUCUGGUAAUUUCCAUGAUUGAUAAAAGCCAUGUGAGAAUGUUAAUUCUCAGCUGUUGGUCUUUAAUUAUUUUGACGCGGUUCUCCCAAUUUCGCUUUAGCUGUUUAUAGAUAGUAUACGCAAUAAUCGACGGCAUAAAAAAUGACGGAAAGCAGUGGAGUGAGCUCGACGUCCGAAACGGACCUAGAGGCGUCGGCGAACCUACGUUCUGCGUCUGAAUUCAGCGUCGGCGGUACGGCCAAGCCGAUCAAGGGCCUCUUGAAGAAAGGGGGAUCGAUGCACACGUUCCACGAAGAUUCACGUAAGACCCCCGACCGCGACAAGCCCAGGAAAGGUCUGCAAUGGAACAUCUCGCAGAUGACAUGGACUGAAGAGCUGAAACAGAUCAGGGAAGAGAUCGCGAGGAGGAAACUGGAAUCUCCUGGAGUCAAAUCGUUGGUCACGAUACCCAGAGAAAGAUUCUACCAUUGGCAGUUCGAUUUCGAGGACAUGACUUAUUAUCCGUACGGGCUCGACCUUUCGCAUAUGGCUGUACAAGAUAUCCAAAUAAUCAACGUUUUAAAGCACCUCGCUUAUUUAGAUCUCUCGGAUAACGAAAUUAAAAACGGCUCGCUUAAAAUUCUGGAAGAAGUCAACUCACUGAUCGCUCUCAACUUGGACCAGAAUCAAUUGACGUCUAUGAACUUUCCAGGCUGUGGGAACAUGCGUUGGAUUUCGUUGAAAAACAACACGAUGACGGCUAUCGAUCGGUUUAGCAUGCCGUUGCUCGAGUACGCCCAUCUCGAUUCAAAUCAGAUCAAGACUAUUGAAAAUUUCGAUGCCGAAAACACGCCUGUUCUUCGACUUUUAAGCCUUAAAGGAAACCGUGUGUCGAACCUGAAAGAUAACCAGCUAUCCCCCAGUUUGAAAUAUCUGUACCUAGGAAACAACAAAAUACGGAGUUGCGAAGGUUUGGCUCAUUUGUCUAACUUGACGGUACUCCACUUGAGAGGUAAUAAGAUCAAGAAACUCAAGUCCAUUCCAAACGAGUUGAAAAACCUGCACUACCUCAAUCUGAGAGACAACCCCAUUUCUAACGUGCGACAGUUUAAAAAGCUCCGAGGACUGUCUAAGCUCAGAAUUUUGAUAACUACCGACUGCGCCUUCGAAAAAGCCAACCCUAGAGUCGCAAGGUCUAAGGUCAUAUUCUGCCUCAUGCAUCUCAAAAGGCUGAACAAACAGGAAGUGAUGGCGAGCGAAAUCCAAAAAUCGAAGAAAUUCCGCGAUGAGAUCGAAGCCGAAGAAGAAUCCAGCGAAGACGACGUUCUGGAAGAUGUCGAAGAAGACGACGAAAAGUACAAAGUGGCUUCCAACCCUUCCACCCCUGCAAGUUCUACCAAAUAAAUUUUUCAAAGCGUCAUAAUUAGGUACUUAAACAUAAUUUUAAGUCGACGAAACAAGUCUUUCGCACUAUUUCUUCUUUCGUUCGUAAUUCUUUUAGCUAACCUAGGAUUCAAACACCAAGGAGAGUUCAUGACUGUUGAGUUC